UAUCAGUUCAUAUAAUUCUCAGAUUCUGUUGAAAAAUCAUACCAAAUGUCUAGGAUUUUAACAGAACUUCUCCUGUGUACAAAAGCUCCAUAUAUUCAAGGCAUUUUACAAAAUACUAGAACGUGUUUAAGGUUGUCUACUGUUAAAUUCUGUAAGCAAAUUCAAGAGGUGGUUCUGUGUGAAUCUGAAUUAGAAGAAAAAUUUGUAAAAGGAUUUGGGAAAGGUGGACAGAAGGUGAAUAAAACUAGCAAUUGUGUUGAACUAAAGCAUAUACCGACUGGAAUAACUGUCAAGUGUCAUCAAACAAGAUAUUUAGAGAGAAAUAGAACACUUGCUCGAGAUUUACUCUGUGAAAAACUAGAUUACUUUUACAAUGGAAAAGAGAGUAAAAUUGCAAAGAACUGGGAAAAAAUACGGAAACGGAAAGCAGAUUAUGUCAGGAAACGAAACAUCAAAAACAAGCUUUUGGAACUUGAUAAAGGCUCAGAAGAUAAUAAUUAAUAUUUGUUUAUUCUGUAAAUAACAUUAUAAUUUUAUGUACAAAG